CCUCUUUUAGGAGUUUUUCCGCGAGCACAGUCAUUAACAGAAGCUUUUAACCGCCGAAAAGAGGUUUGCGAUUUGGCGCCCCUGAUCAGUUUAAUCACUUCUGCCAUUUUCCCGCCAAGCCUAAGUAUGAGAUUACCAAUGCCAUCAGCGAAGAUCCUCCAGAGAGGGAGAGGGAGAGGGUUUUGGAAGGAACAACCCUUAUCUUUUCAUCUCUCAUCUCCAUUCUGCACGGACAUCGCUGAUGGCGUCCAGAGUUCCAAGGUCAAGAUCUUCGAUCGCGAUCUUAAACGAAUUCAAAAUUGGUUUGGUCCAUAUCUGAACCUAUUUUCUGGUUCAAACGUGGUUCAAUCAAUUGGGUCAACUGGUUCAACCAUUGUUCAACCAAUUGGGUUAUUUCCGGUGACAAGCGUAACCGAGCUGCAUGGUUAAUGCGUCCCAAGGAUUCUUUAGUUGAUAGUGUUGCUGAUAACCUACUGGACCGUUUGGAGGACUGUACAAAAGCCUUUCCAACAGCACUCUGUUUGGGGGGUUCAUUGGAAGCUAUUAAGCGGUUGUUACCUGGGCGUGGUGGUAUUGAAAAGCUCAUUAUGAUGGAUUCAUCGCAUGACAUGGUCAAAUUGUGUAAAUAUUCUGCACAAGAUGCAUCUAAUAACAAUAUUGAGACAUCCUAUGUGGUUGGUGAUGAGGAGUUCUUGCCCAUAAAAGAAAGCUCUCUAGAUCUUGUCAUCAGUUGUUUGGGACUACACUGGACAAAUGAUCUUCCGGGAGCAAUGAUUCAAAGUAGAUUGGCGUUGAAACCUGAUGGUCUAUUUUUAGCAGCUAUUCUUGGUGGAGAGACAUUAAAGGAGCUAAGAAUAGCAUGCACUUUAGCACAGAUGGAGCGUGAAGGUGGCAUCAGUCCAAGAAUAUCUCCUCUGGCUCAAGUGCGAGAUGCUGGAAAUCUUUUGACAAGGGCAGGCUUCACCAUUCCAGGUGUUGAUGUUGAUGAAUACACUGUUAGAUAUGACAGUGCUUUGGAGCUGAUUGAACAUUUGCGUUCGAUGGGUGAAACUAAUGCUCUUCUGCAAAGGAAUAAAAUCUUAAAGAGGGAUACUGCCUUGGCAACUGCUGCUGUGUAUCAGUCAAUGUUUGCAGCAGAGGAUGGUACUGUCCCUGCAACUUUUCAGGUGAUCUACAUGACUGGCUGGAGAGAGCAUCCGUCACAGCAGAAGGCUAAAAAGAGGGGUUCUGCCAAUGUUUCAUUUAAGGACAUCCAGAAGCAAUUUGGUACUCCAACUUAAGUCCAUAUUCUCAGUCUUUCUUUUCAAUUUGUAACUUUUACAUGGGAAUAAUCUCUCUCUGUAUUUCUUUCACUUGGUAAUCUCGACUAAGCCAUUCUCAUCUUAGCCCCAUCAUGUGGCCUUGGUCCUUGCUGUGGACAAAUUGGAUAUGUGAUAAUCUCAUCUUUGUAACAGUACUUAUCCCAUAAGAUGUCUUUGAUU